UCCACCACUACCACUUACAACUCUCGUGAAACAUGCCCGUCCCAACACAACUCGGUCAAUUCUCGUAUGUUCCCGAGACGAAGGAGAACUUGGACUGGGCCGACCUCUUGACCGUCGACCUUUCGCUCAUCGACACGCCCGAGGGCAAGAAGAAGCUCGCUCAGACAUUGCUUGAGGGAGUCCGGGAGAAAGGGUUCUUCUACGUCAAGAACUUCAACAUUUCUCAAGAGCGCGUCGACCGCCAAUUUGCUAUCGGCAAACACUUCUACGAACUCCCUCUCGAGGAGAAGUUGAAGUACGUCCCUGAUCUUGACGCUGGAAAGUUCAACGGUUAUACCCCUGCUGGCCGUCGGAUCAUCGACCCCGAGACCGGAUUGAAGGACCGGAUUGAAGUCUACAACAUCCCCAAGUUCAAUGGUUUCUUCCCUCGAGGCCACCCCGCACCCGUGGCCAACAACAUAGAGGAGAUCGAGGAGUUCGCAAGGGCCCUGCACUCCGAGGUCCUCGACCCUCUGUUUGUUCUCCUCGCAAUCGCCCUCGAGCUUCCCGAAGAUUUCUUUACAAACAUCCACCAAUACGAGAAGAAGAGCGAGGAUCAUCUCCGCUACAUGAAGUACUCCAAAUACAGCCCUGAGGAGACUGCCAGGCUGAAGAAUUGGGUACCGGGCCACACCGAUCUCGGAAGCUUCACGCUGCUUUUCAGGCAACCUGUGGCAGCGCUCCAGAUCCGCGACCACAAAACCAACGAGUGGAAGUGGGCCAAGCCGCAGGAUGGAACGCUCACUGUCAACGCGUGCGAUGCCCUGACGUUCUUGACCGCUGGAUAUGUCAAGAGCACGAUCCACCGCGUAGUUGUGCCGCCGAAGGAUCAGCAACAUGUCGACAGACUCGGAUUGUUGUACUUCUCUCGCCCGCACAACGAUGUUCCCCUUGCAACAGUCAAGUCGCCUCUCCUUGAGCGGGAAGGGUACACCCAGAAUGAGUUCGAGAAGACCGGUAACCCUGUUCCGACCAUGGAAGAAUGGACGUUCGCGAAGCAGAAGUGGCAGCGCCUGAGCAAGGUCGUUGGCGACAAGACGCACGAAACCGCUCAGAUUCUUCCGGGGUGGAACGAGAAGGUCUACGCUUAGAGGAGAGUAGUGUUGUGUAUUGGAACAAAUGUAGCUGCGAAGAUGUACGCGUUUAUGUUGUAGACUUCACUGUAGGAGUAUAUUGCG